AUGGAAGUGUUAUCCCUUAUAAAAUAUCUGAUGUUUAUGUUCAAUGGGUUGGUGUUUCUUGGGGGCAUAUGCCUCCUAGGUGUGGGCAUCUGGCUGAUUGUGGACCCAGAAGGAAUUCAAAGUCUUGUCUCCAAUAAUUACCUAACAGCAGGGUGUUAUCUCAUUGCCGUUGUGGGUGCAGCACUCACAGUCCUGGGCUAUUUGGGGUGCUAUGGUGCCAUCAAUCAAAGCAAAGACAUGUUGCUUCUUUUCUUUCUGUUGAUAUUUCUGGUGUUCGCCUUGGAGAUUGCAGCUGGUCUACUCAUUCAUUUUCAUGGAAAAGAGGUCCAAGAUGAAUUUUUCCUGGUUCAACUGAAAGAGAAUUACAAAGGAGACAACUCUACUGAGUUGUUCACCAGAGCUUGGAACAUCUUCAUGAUUACGUUUGAAUGUUGUGGCAUUGUAGGGCCUGAUGAUUUUAAUGAGUGCCACUAUUUUCGGGCAGACCAGCCAGAUGACAAGUGGCCUCAAGCCUGCUGCACCCGGGUCGUGGCUGAGCCUUCAUCUGAGCUUCUGGACUUAGCACGCUGCAGGAAAAGAGAGAUGGAGUAUAUCAAUAAUGAGGGCUGUUUCCCCACAAUAAUCCAGCUAUUGAAGAAAUAUAUCACAAUUACUGAGACUUUUGCUUUCGGAGUGUUAGCUUUUGAGGUGAUGUCGCCAAGUCUCAAAGGCAUCCUGGAUGACCAGCAGCUCCUUCUUCCACACGGUGUAGUUUUGCUCUGA